CAUGUACAUGUAGUGCUAGUGAUAUCGGCACCGUGAUAUCAACUGAACAUGUUCGUGAGUGAAUAGUAUUGGGACAGAAUUUUAAGUCAAGAGAAGCGACCUUCCCUUCGAUCCCGUUUGAAAUUUUUAAGAGAUAUUAAUUCAAUAUAAUAUUUAUAAUAUGGCAGAAGCUUCUGUAGACCGCCCUCGCUUUUUCUGCCACAAAUGCAGUGCAGAAAUUCGUCCUGUUUUACCGGAUUUUGUAUGCCCUCAGUGCGAUGGAGGAUUUAUAGAAGAGUUAGAGAACGACAGCAGCACUGACCAUUCUGACGGAUCAAGCCAUCCCGCUGAUGACAGAGGGGUCUCCUUUGAAGCAGAAAACGAUCCUUUCCAAACUUUUGUCUUCUCAACGCUUUUUAGUGACAUGAUGAAUGAAGCACCAGGGAACAACGCAUCGAGAAGACCCAACGUCGUUGGCAGUCCCUCGUCAUCAUCGCCGCCAACCUCCUCCUCGUCGUCAUUGGGAGGAGGAGCUCAGUCUUCAUCCACCCAGUCGAACAGGAAUCCUGGGGCAACGGACAGCAACAGAACAUUCGCUAUGCAUGCUCCUGGAACCAGGACAACGUUGAGGAUUCACGGUGGACCGCGGGGAGCUACUCCGCCCGAUAUGAUAGCUUUCCUGCAGCAGUUUUUAGGACUGGCACCCCCUCCCCCAGGACCGGGGGGUGUACACUUCCCAGUUCAGAUGUUCAACAUGCAUGGCAGUCCAAGAGAUUAUGCAUGGGGGGAAGGAGGUCUAGAUCAAAUUAUUACACAGUUAUUGAAUAACGCUGACGGUCACGGUCCACCCCCUGCUACUGAAGUUGACAUCAGGCGGUUAGAAAUGAUAACAAUAAACAACAUUCAUAUCGAACAAUCAGCAGAUUGUCCGGUGUGUAUGGAAGCGUUUAAAGGUGACGAAGCGGCCAAGCGUUUACCGUGCACUCACUUCUUUCACCCAAAAUGCGUAGAAACAUGGUUGGAAAUGCACAACACAUGUCCUGUAUGCAGAAAAUCCAUCAACGAAGAGUCGGCACCGGGUGAUUCCGCGUCGAAUUCUAACGCAAGAUAAGAAAAGGAGAACUGCAUGUAUCGUUUUAUUUUGAAAUUUUAAUAGGAUAUUUCUCAUUGAAAAUAUAUAUAUAGUACUUGACCGGUGAGUGAUUGACAUGUGACGAUUGUAUACCUACUGGAGGAUUUCAUAGAAUAACUAUGCGGAUAUUGACUGGAGGAAGGUGCAAUAGAAGCGGACCGAUGGAUUCUCUAUGGAGUCUAUUUUCGUGAAGAUUCGAGGCAUAGCCGAGACUUUUAAUUCUCAUGAGGGAGAUAUUUCAGCGGGAGCCAGUCAUUAUCUGAUAUAUAUUAUACAGACUUUGUAUUAAAGACUUGGAAUAAUUUGUAGCAAAUAUUUUAAUAAAUGAGGAGAUUGCCAGCAGUACUGCGAAAGUGGUAAUUUUUUUCCUGCAACUAUUGUCUCUUCAACUCUUUGCUGCUCGAGCUGCAUGCAUUUGAAACUGUAGAUAUUUAUGUGUUUCUUUUAUUUCAAGCAUGCUGACUGAAUUGCAUAAUUUAUGGAAAUUAAUUGCAGUGAAAAUUUCCUGCUUUUACAGUAUAUGUUACAAGAGUGACAACGGGGCGUCGUGGCGUGCGCCUGUAAUCCAGCCAUCAAUGGAAGUUACCAACUGAUUCAGCCGAGGAUGCAGGUUCGAAACUGAGUCAUGUCGCUCAGAUGGUGACGUUAUAGGUCGCUCCCCAGAUGUAAAUAAUCAUAUCUGAUUGAUACACGUCUGUAAAAACCAAAUUAAACACACGCUUUUUAGUCCAUAUCUGAUCCCCGUGUGAAUGAUAUGACACACACAUAAUAACACAUUGGACUGAAUAGAUCCUUUCGCCACACAACACUUAUUAAAGACCUCAGCACAGGCAGGAAAAAAUUAAUAUUUGCAUACAGUGCGCUUCAUUUUUUUUGUAUCCCACUGCACACCAAGAAGUAAGUUUUCUUAGAGGCCAGUGUUUGCACAAAUCGUUUUAUUUUACCUUCUGUCAUUCAUUUACAUGUAAAAGCCUUUAUUUAGCCACUGCAAUUUUUUUAUGGAGAGGGUUGACCAUGUUAUAUGUGAACAAGGGUAAGUAGUGGUGAUAUUGGGCCCACACUAGAGUGAUUGGUCUGUUGCCUAUAUAGAAUUUUUAUUGUACUGUAGCCCAAUAUGAUCUUCUGCAAGUUUUAGGAGCAGUCUCUAUUUUAAUAUCUCUAAAGAAGAAACUGUUUGGAGCCAAAAGGGUAUUUAGUUGUAUCAUUUUACAAGGAUUGAACGCCCCUUUGGCCCCAAACAAAUGCUAUACUGAUCCUUCAGGGUUUUAUUUAUCCAAUUGUUCCUUUGUAUUCGCAUUUGUCAAUAUUUCGUUCAUUUAAGUGAUACACAUUGUUUUUAACGUCCUUCUAGUUAUGCAAUUGUGAUAGGACCAUAUUUAUCAAUAUAUAUUGCUUUGUUUGGCAAAGAAAACCUGACCUUUUUGAUAGUUUCAAGGCCUCCGGAACGGUCUCUUGCAUUUUGAUGGUGUUCUGUAUUGAAAUGAAAAACACCAGCAGUACACCAAACCAAUGACAAUGAAAUACAAUGGACUACCUUUACUAAUUGAAUGAUUUACCUCAUUAGGUAGCUUUAUAGCAAAACGUAGUGGCAUGAAAAGACGUGUCCGGAACGCAAAAUGCAUAAUCGUUGAAAAUCAUAAUUCUAUCACAAUAUUAAGUAGAACUAUGUGUACUGUCUCGGAUAUGCUUAAUGUUACCCAAACUUUCAUCAGGAUGUGUCAAUAGAGAACUUUUAAUUAACAAACAUCACUGACUAUCAUGCCUUUUGCGUUCCGGACGCCUCUUUUUCAUACCACUUCAUUUCGCUGAGGAUAUACGAUGUGCUAUAUUACCAAAAUUUCUGAAAAUAAUGUAGAUUAUUCGAAAGGGAACUACCAUGACUUUUAUACAAAAUAUAAAAAGGCUGGACUAUAAGAGGUCAGGAGAUUUAUGGUAUGUAUGACACCAAAGAUAGAUAUCUUACUCUAUUUAUCAGACUUCUUUUGAUCAAGUCAUGUAGGCCAUGCUAAAUAUAGGUGGAACAUGACGCAUUUGUGAAAUCUUUUUCUAUACAAAUGCAGAUGCAACGAAAUAGAUAAACAUGUGUGUCAUUGUCAGAUGGGUGAAAUUAACUAACUUUGGCAAAGGGUGUGUAUAAAAUUAUAUGAAGAUCUACCAUUACUUUAUAUAGAGAAAAAUGUGUGAAACCUCUUUGUAGUCUUUUUAUUUAUAGCUUGCCUUUAUUUUUAUUUUAUCACAAUCCUCAUUGUACCUUUUCCUUUUUAUAUUUGUAAGAAGGGUGAAUUGAAACAGUUAGGAUUAAUCUUCCUGGGAAUGAAAUUGACUAAUUGUUUUUUAUUAGAAACUGCAGUAAUGUGAAAUGUAAAAAAACAUAUAUAGUUGAUUACUCGGGUUUCUAAAUACAAAAUACACCAGAAACAAAAUGGCAAGAAACAGUGUUGCGAUUCCGUAGCAGGAAUGUCUGCGGAUGCCAGUGUCUCAUUCUGAUUCGGGCACUUUCAGGACUGGGUCUCUGUUUGGGGGUAAUAAAGUUGAACUAAUCAGUAUACUUAAAGGCUGGUAAUUUUGUACGAUACCAUGUUUCCUAUAAGCUGCCCAUAUUGAAAUUUUGUCCUUUGUCCAUGUAUAGCGCAGUAGAACAUGUAUAUAAGAACUGCUUCAGAGAAAAUUAAAUGGGGUCUUCACAGACAGGUGUAUUUUUUUCCUUCCAAUAAGAGUUAACGCCAUUGUGACUAUUAACAGAUGACAUUUUACUUUAUUGCGUGUCCAUAGGCUACUCCAUGUCUAAGUUUGAUUUGUAUAGCAAUAACUUAAAAAGUAUCCUGCAAUGUGUGAUUGCUACGGACACGUGUCUACAAAAAAAAAAAUUGCAUUUGUAAGCCGAAGACUCAUAAAAUAUUUAAGGUACAUGUAGCAUGGCGAAACUGGUUGCACGAAAAGGUGCGUCUGGAACGCUAAAUGCAUAAUUGUUGAAAUUCAUAAUUUUAUCACACAGAGGUAGAUAGCCAUAUGGUUAGGAAAUGGAGCUGGUAAAUGCAUGUAUUAUCUUGAUUAGGAUUCAUGCUGCCUAAGUUUCAGUCUGAUAUGUCAAAAAGGAACUUUAAAUCAACAGACAUCUCUGACUAUCAUCCCUUUUUGCGUUUCGGACGCAUCUUUUCGUGCCACUAAAGCUUCCUAAUGGUGAAUGUGGAAGCCAUUUCAUGUUUGCUUUAAUUGAAAGCUCACGAGCCGUUAUAUCAUACAAGCAGAACGCCUCAACAUAUUAUGAUGACUAAUGUGAUCUUGGCAGACAACCAUGAUUCCUUCACUCUUCCUCUUAUUAUCCUGUGAUAUAAUUACAUAAUACAAUAGUAAAAUGCAGUUAUUUUAUUCUUAUCAAGUUUAGAAUGUGUGAACAUCUGCUGAAUAUAUUAAUUAUUAUAUGGGUUCUGACAUUGAACAGUUUGUCUCAGUUUUUUAAUUUUUUGAGAAUCUGUAAAUCUUUUAACAGAGCUGAAAACAGCUUAUUCUGAGAACUAUAAAAGCAUCAUCUCAUGAUGGUAUACAUAUUUUUAGAAGUAUGAGGAUGUUUUUUGUUUUUUUUUUGAUGGAAGGGGUGUGUGGUUUAGCUUCCAUUGCUUUCAACCUUUCUUGUAUUCACACUUCUGGUUAAUCAUAAAACGACAAACCGCUAGCUCCAUUUUUGAAGUGGUAAGACGUUUUUACAAAUGAACACUUAUCUGUUUUCAUUGAAAGGAGUUGAUUUGUGUUUGCCCCUUACAUGUAAAUAGUGUCCAUGUGAUGUGUUGUAUUUCUCCAGAGGUAUUUUUACCAACAGAUUCUGCUUUAUUUCUAUAAAGCAACUACAGUGUACAUCCUACAUACAGUGGAUAAAAAGGGUUGUUGUGUGGCAAACGGUCCAUUUUCAAAAGUAUUCAAAAGAAUGCACAUUUACCUAGCAACAAGCUUACAUUCACCUGUGAUUCAUUAUUGUAUCUCAAUCAGACAUGGUUUGUCCUUUUGAACGAGGCUCUCCGCAAGGAUAUAUGCAUUAAAAUUUGAUUUACAUUACGAAUAUGGUCUGUAAUGCAGAGCUAUAGAAAUUCUCAGUGCAGUCCAGUGUCUAUUUUUGUGCUGAUCGGCACUCGUGGCAAGCCCGAGAUCAUGCCAGUUGCAAUUCAUGGCUCUCCACAAGGAUAUAUGCAUUAAAAUUUGAUUUACAUUACGAAUAUGGUCUAUAAUGCAGAGCUAUAGAAAUUCUCAGUGCAGUCCGGUGUCUAUUUUUUUUGUGCUGAUCGGCACUCGUGGCAAGCCUGCGAUCAUGCCAGUUGCAAUUCAUGGCAAACAAAAGGUUAAAUAAAUGCAGUUAACUCUGCGUAAGUUGAAUCUGUUUGGACCGCAAGAAAAAUAGUUUGAUGUAUGCAAAAUUUGACUUCGAAAUGUAAAUAACACAUGUCUUGCAUAGUUUGGUCCCCCAAAAUUGAUUCGAAGAUAUGACUUGUGUGACUUUGAGUUAUGCAUAGUUAACUGUAAAAUGUAUCUACAAUAAUAUAUCAUUUUAUCCUUGAAAAAUUAAAUUGAUGCUCCUUCAGCUCAUAACAGAAGAUAAUGAUGGAACUCUGAUUACAUAUAUGGAUUUCCAAUACUUACAUGAUGAAGGAUCGUUUCUUUCCCUUGAUUUUCUCUAGAAAUGACCAAGGGUUUGGUUGUAUGUUUUCUUCAGCUCUUUAAAUAGCAUCGUCACAAGGCAAGUAAGGCUUCUUUAUGGUUUCAACUUAAUUGGUCAGAAUAGUACAUCGAGAGGUUUGCAUUCUUCAAGUCACAUUGAGUGAAACCCCUCAAUAAAGAAAUAUGUAUAUUAGUUGCUGUUUUGAUUUUUUUUUUCAUGAUUGAAGAAAUUGAAUCUAUGAUGAUAUGCACCAAACAUAUUGUACUAUGGAAAUAGGGGAAGAUAGAUCACAAAGACCUUCAAUAAUUCCAUCUAAGGCAACAUCAAUAGCCUUGUCCAUGGCUCAUUGAAAUAUGCAAGCAGUAUACAAUGAUGAAUUAUGUCAUCCAAACACGAUUUCUAUAGGAUUAAAAACAAAAUAGGAUAUUGACAUUUUCCAUGAGUUGGUAUUUUGAAAGUCUUUGCGGUCGCGUUGAUUCCAUGCAUCUAUCAUAAUAGCCUGUCACUCUUCAUGAAUUAAUUAUUGCUAUAAUAACAUUGAUUGUGUUGAAUAAAGUGUAUUCUCUAAUAUUUGAUA